AUGAUCGGAUGGAGAAACCCAAAAACUGAAAACCACAUCCUCAGUUUGAUCGGAGCGUUCGAAACCGCAACGACCAUGGAGCGUCUGCUCAUCACCCUACCGUUCCAGGAACGAACGGACAUCAUUGACCAGAUACGGACUGCCUUUCCCAACAUGAGAAUUACCUAUAUGCGCCACGACGUUCCUGCUAGGGAAGCCUUUGUGAAGCAAGAGAUGGAUGUACCUACUGGACGUACCGAAGCUUCGCCACAUCCAUUUCAACGUAGCUGGGAUCGACCACGUUGCAAGCAAACUCGACUUGCGAGAUUCAAACAUCAGCACCACCAAUUCAGUAAACGGCCCGUCGCCUGCUGUCGCGGAGUGGUAAUCGGAGCUUUGUUAGGACAGUUCCGCCAGCUCUUCGCAUUCAAGGAAUUGCAACGCAGCAGAACUUGGCGCAGCGUCGAUAUAGGCAACGCACUUUUGAAUCUCUAUGGCAAGACCAUGGCGAUUCUCGGCUAUGGGUCGAUUGGGCGUCAAGUUGCCCGUGUAGCCCAAGCCCUAGGAAUGAAACUCAUUGUCCAUACCUCCCGGAAAGAAGAAACUUACCACCAAGCAGGAAUGGGAGAACCUGAUGGAACAAUACCGGGUGUGUGGUUUAGUGGACGGACAAAAGAAGAGCUCCACCAUUUUUUGUCAUGCGGCGCGGAUGUCCUGGUCUUGUCUCUUCCUCUUACCGCAGGAACACGGCAUAUCAUCGGCCACGAAGAGCUGAAGAUCAUGAACGCCCAAAAUUUGGCUUUCCUGGUAAAUAUUGCCCGUGACUCCGUCCUUGAUCAUACAGCCCUCCUACAGUCACUGAAGAACCGUCCGAGGAAUGACGGUUUGUUAGGUGCAGCUUUGGAUGUAACAGAACCAGAACCUCUCCCAGCUGAUAGCGAAGUCUAG